UAAUCUGUCCCUCCUUUUUCAGAGCUUCCUGCUGCUUUCUGACAUAUCUUCAGCCCGAAAUCGCUGAAGCCUGGUGCAGGUGUCCUAGCAAUGCUCCUGGCCUUGCAAGGGGUGGCUGGUGGUAAAGCAAAGCGUGCAAGAACCGGCUGUGGGCACCCUGGAGCAGCCCUGGCUUGGAGAUCCUCGGCCUCGUGAUCCUGUGCAUUGGGGUUUACGCUGAAGUGGAGAGGCAAAAGCACAAAACCUUGGAAGGGAUCUUCCUGGCUCCAGCCAUCAUUCUCCUCCUGCUGGGCUUCACCAUGUUUGGCGUCUCCUUCGUCGGCAUGGUGGGGAGCCUCAGGGACAACCGGACGCUGCUGAAGACGUUCUUCUGGGUCCUCCUGGCCAUCUUCCUCACGGAGCUGCUGUUGAUAUUCAUCGAAAUCAUCUUUGAAAACAAGAUGAACGCCGUUUUCCACUCCAACAUCCAAGAGGGCAUCAGACACUAUUACGAUGACCUUGACUUCAAGAACAUCUUGGAUUUUGUACAAGAAAAGUUUUCUUGCUGUGGUGGCGAUGAGUACCGAGACUGGGAGGUUAACCAGUACCACUCCUGCAACAGCAGUGGGCCGCUGGCAUGUGGGGUGCCCUACACGUGCUGUAUCAGGAAGGUCCCUGGAGAAGUCAUUAACACCCUGUGUGGAUACAGGACGCUCGAUAAGGAGCGCCUGGAGCUGCUCAGCGUCAUCCACGUGCGAGGCUGCAUCCACGCCGUCGGGCUCUGGCUCAGAGACAACUUUGAGGCCACUUUGGGCAUCGUUUUCUCCCUGCUGCUUCCACAGGAUCAAACUUCAGCCUCGUCUGUGACAACGAGCAGCCCGAGGGCUCAAAGGCUGGGGAUUGGAGCUCGGCUGAUGUUCAUCAUCCGAGUGCCCGAGAUUUGUGCUUGGAUUUGGGGCAAGCGACCGGCUCUUCUUGUGCGGAAAGAAGGACCUAAGAAAAACUUUGUCGGACACAGAGCGCCCAUGGAGAGCGGGCAGUUAUUGCUCUCAGGGUUGUCUUUCCAUCAUGCCCAGGUGAUCGGCCUUGUGAUGGCUUGGCUGUAUUGGCAAAAGCUCAACGAGAUCUACUCCAAGCUAGACACCGUCGACUUCAAGGCCUUGGAGAUGCGGGAUUUCAGCUUCAGGGCGGUGGAUCUGAGCGGUGCGGGCUGGUGCUGGUGCUUGCCCAAGGAAGGGGGCUACAUCCCCAUCAAUGCUGAGGAGGAGGAAGACGAGGAGGAGGAGGAAGGCGCCAUCUGCCACAGCAAAGUGUGAGAAAGGUGGAGGACUGAAAGGCAGCUUGGAGCGAAGCUCUUGGGGAGGCAGCAGGUGUUGAAUGUGGAAAUAACAUGAUUUAUCUUCUCAGGUUCAGGAGAUACUUUGGGGGAAACUGUAAAGUAACACUGGAAGGUUACAAAAAAUGCAGUGCACUGUGCGGGCACAUGAGCUCCCCGGGGUCCUUUUACUACCCUGACAUUUCGAAGUGUUUGUACCUCUCCUUAUUGGGUUUUGGGGUUGUUGUUUUUUUUUUUACACAAUAAAUGUGACUUCUGUUG